AUGGAUAGAUUACUUCCAAAUGGUAGAGCACCUAGAGAAGAAGGAGGUCUUCGAACCAAAUUUAGUGAGCGAGAGGAUUUGAAGCUCUUAAAGUUGGUUUCGGAAUCAGGAAAAUCUCCAAAUUGGAGAGAAAUCAGCAAUAUCAUGCAAACAAGAACGCCAAGGCAGUGCAGAGAACGAUAUCAAAAUUAUUUAUGCCCGAGAAUUAAUCACCACGAAUGGACGCCUGAAGAAGAUCAAAUUCUUUUACAUCAAUAUCAAAUCCACGGACCUAAAUGGAAUACAAUUGCGAAGCAACUAAAGGGCAGAACAGGUAAUAUGAUAAGAAAUCGCUGGCAAAGCUUACUUAGGCAAGAUCAGAAAAAGCCAACGCAGGAUUCCGUUUCAGUUCAAACUGAAGAACCUGUUAACGAAAAGAAGCCUACAAAAGCAGAUCUUGCAAUUGAGGUCGCGAGUGCAAAUCCUUUCGAUCGUCUAUUCCAGAUGAUUGGCAACUCAAUUUUCGACGAAGAAUCAUUUAUGUCUGCAUUAAUAGGUAAUGACAAUUCUUAA